AUGGGGAAAGGAGCUAGAACACUGAAGGAGGAGGAGGACAGAUCUGCAGCCAGUUCCUCACCAGAUACACCCAUACGGUUUGAGGAGGUGAAGAAGCAUAGCACACGAGAUGACCAGUGGCUGCUGAUCAGUGGUAAAGUUUACAAUGUGACAGAGUUUGCCAAGAGACAUCCUGGAGGUGCAAGGAUUAUUAAUCAUUAUGCAGGAGAAGAUGCUACGGAUGCUUGGAUGGCCUUUCAUAAUGACAAAGAAAAAGUGAGCAGGUACCUGAAGAGUCUGUAUGUAGGAGAUGUUCAGGAUGUACCUACGAGUGACAUUACAGAAGACUUCCGCAAACUACGUCAGUUGGUGGUAGAACGAGGCUGGUUGAAACCAGAGCCAUGGUUCUAUGUGUGGCACUUCCUACAUGUUGUGGUGCUGGAGCUGUUGGCUGUCCUGCUGCUGUCAUACUUUGGGGUUACAUGGUCAACCACACUCAUCGCCAUGGUGAUGAUAACUAUAUCACAGGCUCAGACUGGCUGGACACAGCACGACUAUGGACAUCACAGUGUGUUUCCAGAUCUCAGACGCUCCCAUAUAUUUCACCACAUAACCAUAGGUCUGAUGAAAGGGGCAUCCUCUCAUUGGUGGAACUUUCGGCACUUCCAGCACCACGCCAAACCAAACAUGGUCAGAAAAGAUCCAGACAUCAACAUCGCAUUUAUGUUUCUGAUUGGGGACAAGCUUCCGGUGGAGUUUGGCAAAAGGAAGAGGGGAUUUAUGCCUUAUCAGUGGCAGCAUGCUUACUUUUUCUUGUUGGGACCACCACUCCUUUUACCCAUAUAUUUCCAUCUGGAAAUAAUUUACUUCUGUUUUAAGCGGAGAGACUGGCUGGACUUUGCUUUGACUGUUGGAUUCUUCUUUCGGUUCUUCUAUACUUAUAUGCCAUUCUUUGGAGGAUGGGGUACAUUUGCCUUCUACAUGGGUGUAAGGUUCCUAGAGAGUCACUGGUUCACCUGGGUGACACAGAUGAGCCACCUGCCAAAUGAAGUUGACAGGGACAACAAGAACCUUGACUGGGUCCACAUGCAGCUGCAGGCAUCCUGUAAUGUUGAACCGGGCUGGUUUAACGACUGGUUCACGGGACAUCUCAAUUACCAGAUUGAGCAUCAUUUGUUCCCAACGAUGCCCCGCACCAGCUUUCACAAGGUGGCACCUUUAGUCCAGUCUUUAUGUAAAAAACAUGGAGUUGAGUAUCGAAACAAAACACUUGUUACAGCUUUUAUAGACAUUGUGAGAAUGUUAAAGAAAUCUGGUCAAUUGUGGUAUGACGCUUAUUACGAAUAA